AUGGGCUCUUCAAAUGAAGUUUUGCCUAUUUUUGAUGGAAGUGGUUUUGUAGAUUGGAAGAUUGCAGUCAAAAAUGCUCUAAGAGAGAAGGCUUUAUGGCAGAUAGUGAAUAAAGAAAUUGGAGAACCUCAACAAAAUGACAAAGAAAAGGAGUUGUGGAAAUGCAAGUUGGAGCAAGCUAGAGGUAUUAUUGGUAAAGCUUUGAGCCCCAAUCUGAAUAGAAGAUUUGUUGAUGUCGAUAAUCUAAUAGAGCUGUGGGAGAAUUUAGAAAAGGAUUAUAAAGAUGCAGACAUUGCUAGCAUGUUUAGUAUAGAAGAAAAAAUGAUGAAUUUAGAUCCAUCUGAUUUUGGAAAAAUGUCUGAUUACUUCAAUGAAAUUACCUUUUUAAAUGCUCAGCUAAAAAAAAUAGGUGUUGAAUAUGCCAAAAAAGAUUUUCAAUUGAUUGUAAUGGUUGAAAGUAAGCUUCCCCAACCAUAUAAGGUAUUUAAGGAAUCAAGGAAAAGGGUUCUUCAACUAAAUCCCAAUACCCCCCAACAAACUUUUGAUCAAUUUUGCAAGUCUGUUUUAGAUGAAGAAGUUCAACUUAUUAAAGAAGGACAUAUUAAAAAGAAUCAUGCAUAUACAGCCAAAAAAAAACAAGCUGGAAGAAAACCCAUUAUUUGUAGGUAUUGUGGAGGUGAGAAUCACAUGGAGAAAUUUUGUUUGAAGAAGAGGGACAAUGAAAGACAACAAUAUAAGCCCAAGCAAGAAAUUUUUAAGGAUGGGAAGAAGGAUAAACAUAGCUUCGUAGCCAUCUCUUUAAAAAGGCAAGAGAAAUCAAAUGAGGAGGUAAUUGCUACACCCAAGAGUAAAUCUAGUGUUAAGGGGGGAUACUUUGCUUCAGAUUCUAAUAAAGAAUGGAUUUUAGAUUCAGGGGCAUCAUCUCACAUGACUGGGGAUAGAUCUUUGUUUAUUGAUUUUUAUGAAGGGGAGAAUUUAGAUCAAGAGAUUUCUAUUGGCAAUAAAAUGAAACUUCCAAUUUUAGGAACAGGGACUAUUAAUGUAACAAAUGGAUCUUUAAAGAAUUUUUUACUAGUUGAAGGAUUGGGGGUGAAUCUUAUUUUAGUAUAUAAAAUAGUUCAAGCUGGAUAUGAGUUUGUUGUCACUGUUGAUCAAGUUAUUGUUAGAGAUAGAAAAAAACCCAAGCAAUAUAAUUGCUAUUGGUAA